CAGCGGCGCGCCGAGAAGCCAGCCGCCGGCGAAGCCGGGAACCCCCCUCCCGCACUCGUCUCCGACCAUGCCCGACGAAGCCACGGAAAACGCCGGCUCCACCUCCGCCCGCGUCUCGUCCUUCUUCAUCGAGGACCUGCUGGGCACCGAGAGCGCGGCAGGCGGCGGGGCGCGGCGGGCGGCAGCGGGCGAUGGUCCCCGCGGGACUCCGCGCUGCGGGCCGCGCUCCCCGCUCCGCCUCGGCGCCCCGGGCUGCCCCCUCCGUGACGCCGCCGUCGGCUGGUACCGCCGAGCGCACGCCGCGUUCCUGGGCUGCGCCAGCCCCGACACCAGCGACCGAGACUCGCCCGAGCUGCCCGAGGAGCCUGCGGACCGGGCGAGCAGCGGUGGUCGGGCGGCGGUGCGGGGCCCGGCGGGCGGACGGCCAGGAUUGAGCGGCCGCGAAGAGGAGGAGGAGGAGCGCGGCGAGGAGCCGGGAGAGCCGGAGCAACGCGCAGCCGGCCGCAAGAAGAAGACGCGCACGGUGUUCAGCCGCAGCCAGGUGUUCCAGCUGGAGUCCACCUUCGACGUGAAGCGCUAUCUGAGCAGCUCGGAGCGCGCCGGGCUGGCCGCCUCGCUGCACCUCACCGAGACCCAGGUGAAGAUCUGGUUCCAGAACCGCCGCAACAAGUGGAAGCGGCAGUUGGCCGCUGACCUGGAGGCGGCCAACCUCUCCCACGCCGCCCAAAGGAUAGUGCGGGUCCCCAUUUUGUACCACGAGAACUCGCCGGCGAGCGCCUUGGGCUUCCCCCUGCCCCACAUGUCGCCCCCCUUGGUGAGCUUCUCCAGCGGCGUCAGCUACCCCCUGGGCACCUUCCCUGCCGCCUCCAUCCCAUUCCUACGAUCGCAGAUGACAGGACUCGUCUGA